AUGGCCGGGGCCUCGGCAGACUGCACCUGGGUCUUUGCCGUUUGCAUGUCAGCGGAUGAUGCAAAGCAGGUGGAGCGUCAGAAGCCGAAGACCUGCUGCUCUGGGAUCCGAGAGUGGAACUCCCUGGACUGCUGGGCAGGCUUGGGUGGCAACGGACCUGGAACAGCACUCUGUGACAUCACUGGGCGCUCCACGGAUCAGCAGUUCAUCUUCGAUGGUUCUGGCCAUGUCUGGCAUGGCUCCGGCGAAUGCUUGGGAGUGAAGGAAGGCCACCAGCUGAAGAAGGGUCAAUGCUCCAGGGCCGAGCAGUGGGAGAUGAUCGAUGGCUUCGAGCCCAUGGAGACGAAGCUAUACAAGCAAGCAGUGGUCAAGUACUCUCUCUCCGAAGAUGCGCCAGACCAUUGA